AUGGCUUGGAAAGGAGCCAGUGAAAUUGCUCGAUCGCACGUCAAUUCCCUUUCUCUAAUCAACAAUGAAAGUGGACCCAUCGUCUUCCUCGGGGGUCUACUGCUGCUUAUCACGAGUAUUCUUGAAUUUGUGCUCGGAAAUACCUUUCCCUGCGUCGUGUUUGGUACUAUUGGAGGUUUUUGGUUUGCAUUCGCAGCUACCAUGAUACCAUCUUUCAAUGCUGCCGCUCCAUACUCCCCAUCAACUACCAAUACAGCCGCCGGACUGGCUAGUUCUAGCUUCAUGAAUACAUACGGUAUCUUUGAACAUCUUCCUUCCAAUUUCUAUGCAACGGCUCUAACAUUGGAAAUGACAAUAUUAGCAUUUCUAUUCCUAACUAUGGCCAUCCUGAUGCUCAUAUUUAUGAUCUGUGCAACGCGAACUAACAUCGUAUAUACGCUAAUAUUUUUGACGUUGUUUUUGGUUUUUAUUCUAUUAACAUCGGCCUAUUGGAAAUUGAGCGAGGGGGAUUCUAUUGCUGGUAACUCAUGCGUGAAAGGGGCGGGGGCUUCACUAUUCGUCGCUAGCCUUCUCGGCUUUUACCUACUGACCGUUCAGCUUUUUGAAGCCAUGGCGUUCCCAUUUCAUCUGCCGGUUGGUGACUUGGGGGCUCUCUGGAAUUGCACCCAGAUGAAGUAA